UUUACUUGAAGGAAGCGGAGCUGGGAUCCGUUUAUUUUAAGCCCUGCAUACAGGAAAUUAUCAGACAGGAAGCACGAACUGGCAGAGAAAUCUAUAAAAUACAAGCCGACUCAUUCAACGACGAUUACCAUUUAACCCCUGCCUAUAUGUAAGUGAAAGGGAAAGUGUUUUGCAGUUGGAAACGCCAUCUUGUCAAGAAAAUUUGGCUACUUACAGAUUUUGAAUACUACAAGGACAUUUUGCAAUGCGAGUAUCCUGAUGGAGAAAGCAGACUCACCUGAAUCCAGCAUUCUUUCUAUGAAGAAUGACAGGUCAAAGGACAACCCACCUGCGCUCAGAGAUGGAAGUUUUCCAAAAGAUCAAAGUGUCCUGAUGAAAAGAGCAGACUCACCUGCACCCAGCAGUAUUUCUAUGAAGAGUGACAGGUCAAAGGACAAACCACCUCAGUUCAGAGAGGGAAGUUUUCAGACGGAUCAAAGUGUCCUGAUGAAAAGAGCAGACUCACCUGCACCCAGCAGUAUUUCUAUGAAGAGUGACAGGUCAAAGGGCGAACCACCUCACUUCAGAGAGGGAAGUUUUCCGAUGGAUCAAAGUGUCCUGAUGAAAAGAGCAGACUCACCUGCACCCAGCAGUAUUUCUAUGAAGAGUGACAGGUCAAAGGGCGAACCACCUCACUUCAGAGAGGGAAGUUUUCCGACGGAUCAAAGUGUCCUGAUGAAAAGAGCAGACUCACCUGCACCCAGCAGUAUUUCUAUGAAGAGUGACAGGUCAAAGGGCGAACCACCUCACUUCAGAGAGGGAAGUUUUCCGACGGAUCAAAGUGUCCUGAUGAAAAGAGCAGACUCACCUGCACCCAGCAGUAUUUCUAUGAAGAGUGACAGGUCAAAGGGCGAACCACCUCACUUCAGAGAGGGAAGUUUUCCGACGGAUCAAAGUGUCCUGAUGAAAAGAGCAGACUCACCUGCACCCAGCAGUAUUUCUAUGAAGAGUGACAGGUCAAAGGGCGAACCACCUCACUUCAGAGAGGGAAGUUUUCCGACGGAUCAAAGUGUCCUGGUGAAAAGAGCAGACUCACCUGCACCCAGCAGUAUUUCUAUGAAGAGUGACAGGUCAAAGGACGAACCACCUCUGUUCAGAGAGGGAAGUUUUCCGACGGAUCAAAGCCUUAUUCACAGAGACCCAAUGGAACAAUGCAGUUCAGAUCUGCAUGAUAAAUUGAGUUUAUCAUCCACAUUGAAGUUACUAGAGGAAAAUGCUAUAAAGUUCCUAAAGAAUGAGCUGAAGAAGAUCACAAAGUAUCUAGAGGAGAGUUACGCAGAAAGUUCUGAGCCUCAGCUGGAUGAGGACAAUGACCUGGACAGUGAUGAUCAGAUGCAGAAGACCUGUGGUAAAGCGGGAGCUUUGAAGGUCAUACUGUAUAUACUGUGGACCAUGAAGCAAAAUGAUCUUGCUGACAGACUGGAGAAGAGGGACCUCCUGUUGCAAUGUCAGUACAGAAUAAAAUGUAACCUGAAGAAGAAGUUUGAGUUUCUGUUUGAAGGGAAAGCUAAGGAAGGACAACCAACACUUCUCAAUGAGAUUUACACAGAACUCUACAUAAAUGAAGGUGGAACUGGAGGAGUCAAUGAUGAACAUGAAGUGAGACUGAUCGAAACAGCAUCCAAGAAAAGUGUAACAGAAGAUAUUACAAUCAAGUGCAAUGAUAUAUUUAAACCCUUAUGUGAGCAGGAGACACCUAUCAGAACUGUACUCACUAAAGGGGUUGCAGGUAUCGGGAAAACAGUCUCUGUGCAGAAAUUCAUUCUUGACUGGGCAGACGGAAAAGCAAACCAUGAUAUUUGCUUGAUAUUUGCUCUACCAUUCCGGGACCUGAAUUUGAUUAAGGAUGAAUACAGUCUGAUUGAACUGCUUCGGCACUUUGUCCCAGAACUGAAAUCACUUGAUUCUGCUGAAUUAUGCAGUUGCAAAAUCUUGAUUAUCUUUGAUGGUCUGGAUGAGUGUCGCCUUCCUUUAGAUUUUCAGAAGAAUGAGAGCUGGUUUGAUGUAACAAAGGAAACAUCACUGGAUGUGCUGUUGACUAAUCUCAUUAAGGGGAAUCUGCUUCCAUCUGCUCGCCUCUGGAUAACCUCCCGGCCAGCAGCAGCCAAUCAGAUACCUCCUGAGUGUAUCCACCAGGUGACAGAGAUACGAGGGUUCAAUGAUCCCCAGAAGGAGGAGUAUUUCAGGAAGAAAUUUAGUGAUCAGAGCCUGGCUAGCAAGAUUAUCACACAUGUGAAAUCAUCAAAGAGCCUCUUCAUCAUGUGCCACAUACCGGUGUUCUGCUGGAUUUCAGCCACUGUUCUUGAAAUACUUUUUAGUGCGACUGACAACAGAGAAAUUCCAAGGACUCUGACUGAAAUGUACACACACUUCCUGAUCUUUCAGACGAAUUUAAAAAAUGACAGAUAUAUGAAACAUCAAGAAAAUGAGAGAACUAUAACUAAAUACAUACAACUGUUUAAAGAUGUCCUCUUGAAUUCGGUAGGCUGGUUUUUCUCAUCAUUAAAAAAUGCAGUCUCAUAUUUGACAGGAAGAAGAGUUUUUGGUCAGCAUAAUGAAUACAUUGAAUCCAGUAGCAAAUUCCUUCAUUAUCUUGGUAAACUGGCUUACUACAACUUUGAGAAAGGGAAUCUCAUAUUUUAUGAGCAGGAUUUGAAAGAGAAUGACAUUGAUGUCAGUGAAGCUUCAGUUUACUCUGGAGUGUGCACAGAAAUCUUUAAAGAGGAAUUUGGAUUGUAUCGGGAGAAGGUGUACUGCUUUGUACAUCUGAGCAUUCAGGAGUAUCUCGCUGCUUUAUAUGUGUUUCAAUCCAACUCACCAGCUGACCUGCUGAAGACUACAGUGGAUCAAGCAUUAGAGAGCAAGAAUGGACACUUGGACCUCUACCUCCGCUUCCUCCUCGGUCUCUCAGUAGACUCCAAUAAGACUCUGUUACAAAGGCUGCUUGGACAGACAAGAACCAACUCACAUAACAUUACAGAAACAGCCCGGUACAUCAAGGACAAAAUAAAACAGAAUUUAUCUCCAGAAAGGACCAUAAAUCUGUUCCAUUGUCUGAAUGAACUGAAUGAUAAUUCCUUGGUAGAGGAAGUACAGAGCUACCUGAAUUCAGGAAGUCUUUCAAGAGAAGGACUCUCACCUGCUCAGUGGUCAGCUCUGGCCUUUGUGUUACUGAUGUCAGAUGAGGAGCUGGAUGUGUUUGAUCUGAAGAAAUACAUCAGAUCUAAUGAAGGUCUUCAGAGGCUGCUGCCAGUGGUCAAGAAAUCUAGGACAGCUCUGCUAAACAACUGUAAUCUCACAGAGACAUGCUGUGAAGCGUUGGCUAUAAUUCUCACAUCAAACUCCUCAUACCUGAGAGAGCUGGACCUGAGUGACAAUGACCUGCAGGAUUCAGGAGUGAAGCAGCUCUCUGCUGGACUAGGCAAUGAACACUGUAAAGUGGAAAUACUGAGGCUGAACAACUGUAAUCUCACGGAGACAUGCUGUGAAGAGUUGCUUGCAGCUCUCACCUCAAAUUGCUCUUGUCUGAGAGAGUUGGACCUGAGUAACAAUGACCUGCAGGAUUCAGGAGUGAAUCGGCUCUCUGCUGGACUGGGGAAUGAACGCUGUAAAGUGGAAAUACUUAGACUGAACAGCUGCAAUCUCACAGAGACAUGCUGUGAAGCAUUGGCUUUAACUCUCAGAUCAAACUCCUCAUACCUGAGAGAGCUGGACCUGAGUGACAAUGACCUGCAGGAUUCUGGAGUGAAGCUGCUCUUUGUGGAACUGGAGAAUCCAGACUGUACACUGGAAAUACUGAGGUUGUCAGACUGUAGAGUCAGAGAAGAAGGCUGUUCUUCCCUGACUUCAGCUCUGAGGUCAAACCCCUCACACCUGAGAGAGCUGGAUCUGAGCUACAAUCACCCAGGAGACUCAGGAGUGAAGCAGCUCUCUGCUCUACUGGAGGGUCCCAGCUGUAAACUGGAGAAACUGAAACUGAACAGCUGUAAAUUGAGUUGGGAAUCCUGUAUAGCACUGGCCUCUGCUCUCAGUUCAAACCCACAUGUGAAAGAGCUGGACCUCAGUGACAAUGAGCUGCCGGAUUUAACGGAGAAACAGCAUCCAAAGAUUAAAAGGGAGAUUCCGCAGUCAGCAUUACUGGGUUUUACACGCUGUAAGCUGGAGAUACUGAGACUGAACAGCUGCAAUCUCACAGAGACAUGCUGUGAAGCAUUGGCUUUAACUCUUAGAUCAAACUCCUCACACCUGAGAGAGCUGGACCUGAGUGACAAUGACCUGCAGGAUUCUGGAAUGAAGCUGCUCUUUGCAGAACUGGAGAAUCCACACUGUACACUGGAAAUACUGAGACUGAACAGCUGCAAUCUCACAGUGACAUGCUGUGAAGCGUUGGCUUUAACUCUCAGAUCAAACUCCUCAUCCCUGAGAGAGCUGCACCUGAGUGACAAUGACCUGCAGGAUUCUGGAGUCAAGCUGCUCUUUGCAGAACUGGAGAAUCCACACUGUACACUGGAAAUACUGAGGCUGGCAGGUUGUAUGUUCACAGAAGAAGGCUGUUCUUCCCUGACUUCAGCUCUGAGGUCAAACCCCUCACACCUGAGAGAGCUGGAUCUGAGCUACAAUCACCCAGGAGACUCAGGAGUGAAGCUGCUCUCUGCUGUGCUGGAGGAUCCCAGCUGUAAACUGGAGAUACUGAAACUGAACAGCUGUAAAUUGAGUUGGGAAUCCUGUAUAGCACUGGCCUCUGCUCUCAGUUCAAACCCACAUGUGAGAGAGCUGGACCUGAGUGACAAUGAGCUGCCGGAUUUAACAGAGAAACAGCAUCCAAAGAUUAAAAGGGAGAUACCACAGUCAGCAUUACUGGGUUUUACACGCUGUAAGCUGGAGAUACUGAGACUGAACAGCUGCAAUCUCACGGAGACAUGCUGUGAAGCGUUGGCUUUAACUCUCAGAUCAAACUCCUCAUACCUGAGAGAGCUGGACCUGAGUGACAAUGACCUGCAGGAUUCUGGAAUGAAGCUGCUCUUUGCAGAACUGGAGAAUCCACACUGUACACUGGAAAUACUGAGGCUGGCAGGUUGUACGUUCACAGAAGAAGGCUGUUCUUCCCUGACUUCAGCUCUGAGGUCAAACCCCUCACACCUGAGAGAGCUGGACCUGAGCUACAAUCACCCAGGAGACUCAGUAGUGAAGCUGCUCUCUGCUGUGCUGGAGGAUCCCAGCUGUAAACUGGAGAUACUGAAACUGAACAGCUGUAAAUUGAGUUGGGAAUCCUGUAUAGCACUGGCCUCUGCUCUCAGUUCCAACCCACAUGUGAGAGAGCUGGACCUGAGUGACAAUGAGCUGCCGGAUUUAACAGAGAAACAGCAUCCAAAGAUUAAAUGGGAGAUUCCGCAGUCAGCAUUACUGGGUUUUGCACGCUGUAAACUGAAGAUACUGAGACUGAACAGUUGCAGUCUCACAGACACAUGCUGUGAAGCGUUGGCUUUAACUCUCAGAUCAAACUCCUCAUACCUGAGAGAGCUGGACCUGAGUGACAAUGACCUGCAGGAUUCUGGAAUGAAGCUGCUCUUUGCAGAACUGGAGAAUCCUCACUGUACACUGGAAAUAUUGAGGCUGGCAGGUUGUACGUUCACAGAAGAAGGCUGUUCUUCCCUGACUUCAGCUCUGAGGUCAAACCCCUCACACCUGAGAGAGCUGGAUCUGAGCUACAAUCACCCAGGAGACUCAGGAGUGAAGCUGCUCUCUGCUGUACUGGAGGAUCCCAGCUGUAAACUGGAGAUACUGAAACUGAACAGCUGUAAAUUGAGUUGGGAAUCCUGUAUAGCACUGGCCUCUGCUCUCAGUUCAAACCCACAUGUGAGAGAGCUGGACCUGAGUGACAAUGAGCUGCCGGAUUUAACAGAGAAACAGCAUCCAAAGAUUAAAAGGGAGAUACCACAGUCAGCAUUACUGGGUUUUACACGCUGUAAACUGAAGAUACUGAGACUGAACAGCUGCAAUCUCACAUACACAUGCUAUGAAGCGUUGGCUUUAACUCUCAGAUCAAACUCCUUAUUCCUGAGAGAGCUGGACCUGAGUGACAAUGACCUGCAGGAUUCUGGAAUGAAGCUGCCUUUUGCAGAACUGGAGAAUCCACACUGUUCACUGGAAAUAUUGAGGCUGGCAGGUUGUACGCUCACAGAAGAAGGCUGUUCUUCCCUGACUUCAGCUCUGAGGUCAAACCCCUCACACCUGAGAGAGCUGGACCUGAGCUACAAUCACCCAGGAGACUCAGGAGUGAAACUGCUCUCUGCUGUGCUGGAGGAUCCCAGCUGUAAACUGGAGAUACUGAAACUGAACAGCUGUAACUUGAGUUGGGAAUCCUGUAUAGCACUGGCCUCUGCUCUAAGUUCAAACCCACAUGUGAGAGAGCUGGACCUGAGUGACAAUGAGCUGCCGGAUUUAACAGAGAAACAGCAUCCAAAGAUUAAACGGGAGAUUCCGCAGUCAGCAUUACUGGGUUUUACACGCUGUAAGAUGGAGAUUCUGAGACUGAACAGUUGCAAUCUCACAGAGACAUGCUGUGAAGCGUUGGCUUUAACUCUCAGAUCAAACUUCUCAUUCCUGAGAGAGCUGGACCUGAGUGACAAUGACCUGCAGGAUUCUGGAAUGAAGCUGCUCUUUGCAGAACUGGAGAAUCCACACUGUACACUGGAAAUACUGAGGCUGGCAGGUUGUACCUUCACAGAAGAAGGCUGUUCUUCCCUGACUUCAGCUCUGAGGUCAAACCCCUCACAUCUGAGAGAGCUGGAUCUGAGCUACAAUCACCCAGGAGACUCAGGAGUGAAGCUGCUCUCUGCUGUGCUGGAGGAUCCCAGCUGUAAACUGGAGAUACUGAAACUGAACAGCUGUAAAUUGAGUUGGGAAUCCUGUAUAGCACUGGCCUCUGCUCUCAGUUCCAACCCACAUGUGAGAGAGCUGGACCUGAGUGACAAUGAGCUGCCGGAUUUAACAGAGAAACAGCAUCCUGAGAUUAAACGGGAGGUUCCGCAGUCAGCAUUACUGGGUUUUACACGCUGUAAGCUGGAGAUACUGAGACUGAACAGCUGCAAUCUCACAGAGACAUGCUGUGAAGCGUUGGCUUUAACUCUCAGAUCAAACUCCUCGUACCUGAGAGAGCUGGACCUGAGUGACAAUGACCUGCAGGAUUCUGGAAUGAAGCUGCUCUUUGCAGAACUGGAGAAUCCACACUGUACACUGGAAAUACUGAGGCUGGCAGGUUGUACGUUCACAGAAGAAGGCUGUUCUUCCCUGACUUCAGCUCUGAGGUCAAACCCCUCACACCUGAGAGAGCUGGAUCUGAGCUACAAUCACCCAGGAGACUCAGGAGUGAAGCUGCUCUCUGCUGUACUGGAGGAUCCCAGCUGUAAACUGGAGAUACUGAAACUGAACAGCUGUAAAUUGAGUUGGGAAUCCUGUAUAGCACUGGCUUCUGCUCUCAGUUCAAACCCACAUGUGAGAGAGCUGGACCUGAGUGACAAUGAGCUGCCGGAUUUAACAGAGAAACAGCAUCCAAAGAUUAAACGGGAGAUUCCGCAGUCAGCAUUACUGGGUUUUACACGUUGUAAACUGAAGAUACUGAGACUGAACAGUUGCAAUCUCACAAAGACAUGCUGUGAAGCGUUGGCUUUAACUCUCAGAUCAAACUCCUCAUACCUGAGAGAGCUGGACCUGAGUGACAAUGACCUGCAGGAUUCUGGAAUGAAGCUGCUCUUUGCAGAACUGGAGAAUCCACACUGUACACUGGAAAUACUGAGGCUGGUAGGUUGUACGUUCACAGCAGAAGGCUGUUCUUCCCUGACUUCAGCUCUGAGGUCAAACCCCUCACACCUGAGAGAGCUGGAUCUGAGCUACAAUCACCCAGGAGACUCAGGAGUGAAGCUGCUCUCUGCUGUACUGGAGGAUCCCAGCUGUAAACUGGAGAUACUGAAACUGAACAGCUGUAAAUUGAGUUGGGAAUCCUGUAUAGCACUGGCCUCUGCUCUCAGUUCCAACCCACAUAUGAGAGAGCUGGACCUGAGUGACAAUGAGCUGCCGGGUUUAACAGAAAAACAGCAUCCAGAGAUUAAAAGGGAGAUUCCGCAGUCAGCAUUACUGGGUUUUACACGCUGUAAACUGGAGAUACUGAGACUGAACAGUUGCAAUCUCACAAAGACAUGCUGUGAAGCGUUGGCUUUAACUCUCAGAUCAAACUCCUCAUACCUGAGAGAGCUGGACCUGAGUGACAAUGACCUGCAGGAUUCUGGAAUGAAGCUGCUCUUUGCAGAACUGGAGAAUCCACACUGUACACUGGAAAUACUGAGGCUGGCAGGUUGUACGUUCACAGAAGAAGGCUGUUCUUCCCUGACUUCAGCUCUGAAGUCAAACCCCUCACACCUGAGAGAGCUGGAUCUGAGCUACAAUCACCCAGGAGACUCAGGAGUGAAACUGCUAUCUGCUGUGCUGGAGGAUCCCAGCUGUAAACUGGAGAUACUGAAACUGAACAGCUGUAAAUUGAGUUGGGAAUCCUGUAUAGCAGUGGCCUCUGCUCUCAGUUCCAACCCACAUGUGAGAGAGCUGGACCUGAGUGACAAUGAGCUGCCGGAUUUAACAGAGAAACAGCAUCCUGAGAUUAAACGGGAGGUUCCGCAGUCAGCAUUACUGGGUUUUACACGCUGUAAGAUGGAGAUACUGAGACUGAACAGUUGCAGUCUCACAGAGACAUGCUGUGAAGCGUUGGCUUUAACUCUCAGAUCAAACUCCUCAUACCUGAGAGAGCUGGACCUGAGUGACAAUGACCUGCAGGAUUCUGGAAUGAAGCUGCUCUUUGCAGAACUGGAGAAUCCACACUGUACACUGGAAAUACUGAGGCUGGCAGGUUGUAUGUUCACAGAAGAAGGCUGUUCUUCCCUGACUUCAGCUCUGAGGUCAAACCCCUCACACCUGAGAGAGCUGGAUCUGAGCUACAAUCACCCAGGAGACUCAGGAGUGAAGCUGCUCUCUGCUGUGCUGGAGAAUCCCAGCUGUGAACUGGAGAUACUGAAACUGAACAACUGUAAAUUGAGUUGGGAAUCCUGUAUAGCACUGGCCUCUGCUGUCAGUUCAAACCCACAUGUGAGAGAGCUGGACCUGAGUGACAAUGAGCUGCCGGAUUUAACAGAGAAACAGCAUCCAAAGAUUAAACGGGAGAUUCCGCAGUCAGCAUUACUUGGUUUUACACGCUGUAAACUGAAGAUACUGAGACUGAACAGCUGCAAUCUCACAGAGACAUACUAUGAAGCGUUGGCUUUAACUCUCAGAUCAAACUCCUCAUACCUGAGAGAGCUGGACCUGAGUGACAAUGACCUGCAGGAUUCUGGAAUGAAGCUGCUCUUUGCAGAACUGGAGAAUCCACACUGUACACUGGAAAUACUGAGGCUGGCAGGUUGUACGUUCACAGAAGAAGGCUGUUCUUCCCUGACUUCAGCUCUGAGGUCAAUCCCCUCACACCUGAGAGAGCUGGAUCUGAGCUACAAUCGUCCAGGAGACUCAGAAGUGAAGCUGCUCUCUGCUGUGCUGGAGGAUCCCAGCUGUAAACUGGAGAUACUGAAACUGAACAGCUGUAAAUUGAGUUGGGAAUCCUGUAUAGCACUGGCCUCUGCUCUCAGUUCCAAUCCACAUGUAAAAGAGCUGGACCUGAGUGAGAAUGAGCUGCCGGAUUUAACAGAGAAACAGCAUCCAAAGAUUAAACGGGAGAUUCCGCAGUCAGCAUUACUGGGUUUUACACGCUGCAAGAUGGAGAUACUGAGACUGAACAGCUGCAAUAUCACAGAGCCAUGCUGUGAAGCGUUGGCUUUAACUCUCAGAUCAAACUCCUCAUACCUGAGAGAGCUGGACCUGAGUGACAAUGACCUGCAGGAUUCUGGAGUCAAGCUGCUCUUUGCAGAACUGGAGAAUCCACACUGUACACUGGAAAUACUGAGGCUGGCAGGUUGUACGCUCACAGAAGAAGGCUGUUCUUCGCUGACUUCAGCUCUGAGGUCAAACCCCUCACACCUGAGAGAGCUGGAUCUGAGCUACAAUCACCCAGGAGACUCAGGAGUGAAGCUGCUCUCUGCUGUACUGGAGAAUCCCAGCUGUAAACUGGAGAUACUGAAACUGAACAGCUGUAAAUUGAGUUGGGAAUCCUGUAUAGCACUGGCCUCUGCUCUCAGUUCCAACCCACAUGUGAGAGAGCUGGACCUGAGUGACAAUGAGCUGCCGGAUUUAACAGAGAAACAGCAUCCAAAGAUUAAAAGGGAGAUUCCGCAUUCAGCAUUACUGGGUUUUACACGCUGUAAGCUGGAGACACUGAGACUGAACAGCUGCAAUCUCACAGAGACAUGCUGUGAAGCUUUGGCUUUAACUCUCAGAUCAAACUCCUCAUACCUGAGAGAGCUGGACCUGAGUGACAAUGACCUGCAGGAUUCUGGAAUGAAGCUGCUCUUUGCAGAACUGGAGAAUCCACACUGUACACUGGAAAUACUGAGGCUGGCAGGUUGUACGUUCACAGAAGAAGGCUGUUCUUCUCUGACUUCAGCUCUGAGGUCAAACCCCUCACACCUGAGAGAGCUGGAUCUGAGCUACAAUCACCCAGGAGACUCAGGAGUGAAGCUGCUCUCUGCUGUACUAGAGAAUCCCAGCUGUAAACUGGAGAUACUGAAACUGAACAGCUGUAAAUUGAUUUGGGAAUCCUGUAUAGCACUGGCCUCUGCUCUCAGUUCAAACCCACAUGUGAGAGAGCUGGACCUGAGUGACAAUGAGCUGCCGGAUUUAACAGAGAAACAGCAUCCAAAGAUUAAACGGGAGAUUCCGCAGUCAGCAUUACUGGGUUUUACACGCUGUAAAUUGGAGAUACUGAGACUGAACAGUUGCAGUCUCACAGAGACAUGCUGUGAAGCGUUGGCUUUAACUCUCAGAUCAAACUCCUCAUACCUGAGAGAGCUGGACCUGAGUGACAAUGACCUGCAGGAUUCUGGAAUGAAGCUGCUCUUUGCAGAACUGGCGAAUCCACACUGUACACUGGAAAUACUGAGGCUGGCAGGUUGUACGUUCACAGAAGAAGGCUGUUCUUCCCUGACUUCAGCUCUGCGGUCAAACCCCUCACACCUGAGAGAGCUGGAUCUGAGCUACAAUCACCCAGGAGACUCAGGAGUGAAGCUGCUCUCUGCUGUACUAGAGAAUCCCAGCUGUAAACUGGAGAUACUGAAACUGAACAGCUGUAAAUUGAUUUGGGAAUCCUGUAUAGCACUGGCCUCUGCUCUCAGUUCAAACCCACAUGUGAGAGAGCUGGACCUGAGUGACAAUGAGCUGCCGGAUUUAACAGAGAAACAGCAUCCAAAGAUUAAAAGGGAGAUUCCGCAGUCAGCAUUACUGGGUUUUACACGCUGUAAGAUGGAGAUACUGAGACUGAACAGCUGCAAUCUCACAGAGACAUGCUGUGAAGCGUUGGCUUUAACUCUCAGAUCAAACUCCUCAUACCUGAGAGAGCUGGACCUGAGUGACAAUGACCUGCAGGAUUCUGGAAUGAAGCUGCUCUUUGCAGAACUGGCGAAUCCACACUGUACACUGGAAAUACUGAGGCUGGCAGGUUGUACGUUCACAGAAGAAGGCUGUUCUUCCCUGACUUCAGCUCUGAGGUCAAACCCCUCACACCUGAGAGAGCUGGAUCUGAGCUACAAUCACCCAGGAGACUCAGGAGUGAAGCUGCUCUCUGCUGUACUAGAGAAUCCCAGCUGUGAACUGGAGAUACUGAAACUGAACAGCUGUAAAUUGAGUUGGGAAUCCUGUAUAGCACUGGCCUCUGCUCUCAGUUCAAACCCACAUGUGAGAGAGCUGGACCUGAGUGACAAUGAGCUGCCGGAUUUAACAGAGAAACAGCAUCCAAAGAUUAAAAGGGAGAUUCCACAGUCAGCAUUACUGGGUCUAUCACGCUGUAAGCUGGAGAUACUGAGACUGAACAGCUGCAAUCUCACAGAGACAUGCUGUGAAGCUUUGGCUUUAACUCUCAGAUCAAACUCCUCAUACCUGAGAGAGCUGGACCUGAGUGACAAUGACCUGCAGGAUUCUGGAAUGAAGCUGCUCUUUGCAGAACUGGAGAAUCCACACUGUACACUGGAAAUACUGAGGCUGGCAGGUUGUACCUUCACAGAAGAAGGCUGUUCUUCCCUGAAUUCAGCUCUGAGGUCAAACCCCUCACACCUGAGAGAGCUGAAUCUGAGCUACAAUCACCCAGGAGACUCAGGAGUGAAGCUGCUCUCUGCUGUGCUGGAGGAUCCCAGCUGUAAACUGGAGAUACUGAAACUGAACAGCUGUAAAUUGAGUUGGGAAUCCUGUAUAGCACUGGCCUCUGCUCUCAGUUCCAACCCACAUGUAAGAGAGCUGGACCUGAGUGACAAUGAGCUGCCGGAUUUAACAGAGAAACAGCAUCCAAAUAUUAAACGGGAGAUUCCGCAGUCAGCAUUACUGGGUUUUACACGCUGUAAGAUGCAGAUACUGAGACUGAACAGUUGCAGUCUCACAGAGACAUGCUGUGAAGCGUUGGCUUUAACUCUCAGAUCAAACUCCUCAUACCUGAGAGAGCUGGACCUGAGUGACAAUGAUCUGCAGGAUUCUGGAAUGAAGCUGCUCUUUGCAGAACUGGCGAAUCCACACUGUACACUGGAAAUACUGAGGCUGGCAGGUUGUACGUUCACAGAAGAAGGCUGUUCUUCUCUGACUUCAGCUCUGAGGUUAAACCCCUCACACCUGAGAGAGCUGGAUCUGAGCUACAAUCACCCAGGAGACUCAGGAGUGAAGCUGCUCUCUGCUGUACUAGAGAAUCCCAGCUGUAAACUGGAGAUACUGAAACUGAACAGCUGUAAAUUGAGUUGGGAAUCCUGUAUAGCACUGGCCUCUGCUCUCAGUUCCAACCCACAUGUGAGAGAGUUGGACCUGAUUGACAAUGAGUUGCUGGAUUUAACAGAGAAACAGCAUCCAAAGAUCAAAAGGGAGAUUCCGCAGUCAGCAUUACUGGGUUUUUCACGGUGUAAGCUGGAGAUACUGAGACUGAACAGCUGCAAUCUCACAGAGACAUGCUGUGAAGCUUUGGCUUUAACUCUCAGAUCAAACUCCUCAUACCUGAGAGAGCUGGACCUGAGUGACAAUGACCUGCAGGAUUCUGGAAUGAAGCUGCUCUUUGCAGAACUGGAGAAUCCACACUGUACACUGGAAAUACUGAGGCUGGCAGGUUGUACGUUCACAGAAGAAGGCUGUUCUUCCCUGACUUCAGCUCUGAGGUCAAACCCCUCACACCUGAGAGAGCUGGAUCUGAGCUACAGUCACCCAGGAGACUCAGGAGUGAAGCUGCUCUCUGCUGUGCUGGAGGAUCCCAGCUGUAAACUGGAGAUACUGAAACUGAACAGCUGUAAAUUGAUUUGGGAAUCCUGUAUAGCACUGGCCUCUGCUCUCAGUUCAAACCCACAUGUGAGAGAGCUGGACCUGAGUGACAAUGAGCUGCCGGAUUUAACAGAGAAACAGCAUCCAAAGAUUAAACGGGAGAUUCCGCAGUCAGCAUUACUGGGUUUUACACGCUGUAAAUUGGAGAUACUGAGACUGAACAGUUGCAGUCUCACAGAGACAUGCUGUGAAGCGUUGGCUUUAACUCUCAGAUCAAACUCCUCAUACCUGAGAGAGCUGGACCUGAGUGACAAUGAUCUGCAGGAUUCUGGAAUGAAGCUGCUCUUUGCAGAACUGGCGAAUCCACACUGUACACUGGAAAUACUGAGGCUGGCAGGUUGUACGUUCACAGAAGAAGGCUGUUCUUCUCUGACUUCAGCUCUGAGGUCAAACCCCUCACACCUGAGAGAGCUGGAUCUGAGCUACAAUCACCCAGGAGACUCAGGAGUGAAGCUGCUCUCUGCUGUACUAGAGAAUCCCAGCUGUAAACUGGAGAUACUGAAACUGAACAGCUGUAAAUUGAGUUGGGAAUCCUGUAUAGCACUGGCCUCUGCUCUCAGUUCCAACCCACAUGUGAGAGAGUUGGACCUGAUUGACAAUGAGUUGCUGGAUUUAACAGAGAAACAGCAUCCAAAGAUCAAAAGGGAGAUUCCGCAGUCAGCAUUACUGGGUUUUUCACGGUGUAAGCUGGAGAUACUGAGACUGAACAGCUGCAAUCUCACAGAGACAUGCUGUGAAGCGUUGGCUUUAACUCUCAGAUCAAACUCCUCAUACCUGAGAGAGCUGGACCUGAGUGACAAUGACCUGCAGGAUUCUGGAAUGAAGCUGCUCUUUGCAGAACUGGCGAAUCCACACUGUACACUGGAAAUACUGAGGCUGGCAGGUUGUACGUUCACAGAAGAAGGCUGUUCUUCCCUGACUUCAGCUCUGAGGUCAAACCCCUCACACCUGAGAGAGCUGGAUCUGAGCUACAAUCACCCAGGAGACUCAGGAGUGAAGCUGCUCUCUGCUGUACUAGAGAAUCCCAGCUGUGAACUGGAGAUACUGAAACUGAACAGCUGUAAAUUGAGUUGGGAAUCCUGUAUAGCACUGGCCUCUGCUCUCAGUUCAAACCCACAUGUGAGAGAGCUGGACCUGAGUGACAAUGAGCUGCCGGAUUUAACAGAGAAACAGCAUCCAAAGAUUAAAAGGGAGAUUCCACAGUCAGCAUUACUGGGUCUAUCACGCUGUAAGCUGGAGAUACUGAGACUGAACAGCUGCAAUCUCACAGAGACAUGCUGUGAAGCUUUGGCUUUAACUCUCAGAUCAAACUCCUCAUACCUGAGAGAGCUGGACCUGAGUGACAAUGACCUGCAGGAUUCUGGAAUGAAGCUGCUCUUUGCAGAACUGGCGAAUCCACACUGUACACUGGAAAUACUGAGGCUGGCAGGUUGUACGUUCACAGAAGAAGGCUGUUCUUCCCUGACUUCAGCUCUGAGGUCAAACCCCUCACACCUGAGAGAGCUGGAUCUGAGCUACAAUCACCCAGGAGACUCAGGAGUGAAGCUGCUCUCUGCUGUACUAGAGAAUCCCAGCUGUGAACUGGAGAUACUGAAACUGAACAGCUGUAAAUUGAGUUGGGAAUCCUGUAUAGCACUGGCCUCUGCUCUCAGUUCCAACCCACAUGUGAGAGAGUUGGACCUGAUUGACAAUGAGUUGCUGGAUUUAACAGAGAAACAGCAUCCAAAGAUCAAAAUGGAGAUUCCGCAGUCAGCAUUACUGGGUUUUUCACGGUGUAAGCUGGAGAUACUGAGACUGAACAGCUGCAAUCUCACAGAGACAUGCUGUGAAGCGUUGGCUUUAACUCUCAGAUCAAACUCCUCAUACCUGAGAGAGCUGGACCUGAGUGACAAUGACCUGCAGGAUUCCGGAGUGAAGCUACUGUUUGCGGAACUGGAGAAUCCACACUGUACACUGGAAAUACUGAGGCUGGCAGGUUGUACGUUCGCAGAAGAAGGCUGUUCUUCCCUGACUUCAGCUCUGCGGUCAAACCCCUCACACCUGAGAGAGCUGGAUCUGAGCUACAGUCACCCAGGAGACUCAGGAGUGAAGCUGCUCUCUGCUGUGCUGGAGGAUCCCAGCUGUAAACUGGAGAUACUGAAACUGAACAGCUGUAAAUUGAGUUGGGAAUCCUGUAUAGCACUGGCCUCUGCUCUCAGUUCCAACCCACAUGUAAGAGAGCUGGACCUGAGUGACAAUGAGCUGCCAGAUUUAACAGAGAAACAGCAUCCAAAUAUUAAACGGGAGAUUCCGCAGUCAGCAUUACUGGGUUUUACACGCUGUAAAUUGGAGAUACUGAGACUGAACAGUUGCAGUCUCACAGAGACAUGCUGUGAAGCGUUGGCUUUAACUCUCAGAUCAAACUCCUCAUACCUGAGAGAGCUGGACCUGAGUGACAAUGACCUGCAGGAUUCUGGAAUGAAGCUGCUCUUUGCAGAACUGGCGAAUCCACACUGUACACUGGAAAUACUGAGGCUGGCAGGUUGUACGUUCGCAGAAGAAGGCUGUUCUUCCCUGACUUCAGCUCUGCGGUCAAACCCCUCACACCUGAGAGAGCUGGAUCUGAGCUACAAUCACCCAGGAGACUCAGGAGUGAAGCUGCUCUCUGCUGUACUAGAGAAUCCCAGCUGUAAACUGGAGAUACUGAAACUGAACAGCUGUAAAUUGAUUUGGGAAUCCUGUAUAGCACUGGCCUCUGCUCUCAGUUCAAACCCACAUGUGAGAGAGCUGGACCUGAGUGACAAUGAGCUGCCGGAUUUAACAGAGAAACAGCAUCCAAAGAUUAAAAGGGAGAUUCCGCAGUCAGCAUUACUGGGUUUUACACGCUGUAAGAUGGAGAUACUGAGACUGAACAGCUGCAAUCUCACAGAGACAUGCUGUGAAGCGUUGGCUUUAACUCUCAGAUCAAACUCCUCAUACCUGAGAGAGCUGGACCUGAGUGACAAUGACCUGCAGGAUUCUGGAAUGAAGCUGCUCUUUGCAGAACUGGAGAAUCCACACUGUACACUGGAAAUACUGAGGCUGGCAGGUUGUACGUUCACAGAAGAAGGCUGUUCUUCCCUGACUUCAGCUCUGAGGUCAAACCCCUCACACCUGAGAGAGCUGGAUCUGAGCUACAAUCACCCAGGAGACUCAGGAGUGAAGCUGCUCUCUGCUGUACUAGAGAAUCCCAGCUGUGAACUGGAGAUACUGAAACUGAACAGCUGUAAAUUGAGUUGGGAAUCCUGUAUAGCACUGGCCUCUGCUCUCAGUUCAAACCCACAUGUGAGAGAGUUGGACCUGAUUGACAAUGAGUUGCUGGAUUUAACAGAGAAACAGCAUCCAAAGAUCAAAAGGGAGAUUCCGCAGUCAGCAUUACUGGGUUUUUCACGGUGUAAGCUGGAGAUACUGAGACUGAACAGCUGCAAUCUCACAGAGACAUGCUGUGAAGCGUUGGCUUUCACUCUCAGAUCAAACUCCUCAUACCUGAGAGAGCUGGAUCUGAGUGACAAUGACCUGCAGGAUUCCGGAGUGAAGCUACUGUUUGCGGAACUGGAGAACCCACACUGUACACUGGAAAUACUGAGGCUGGCAGGUUGUACGUUCGCAGAAGAAGGCUGUUCCUCCCUGACUUCAGCUCUGAUGUCAAACCCCUCACACCUGAGAGAGCUGGAUCUGAGCUACAGUCACCCAGGAGACUCAGGAGUGAAGCUGCUCUCUGCUGUGCUGGAGGAUCCCAGCUGUAAACUGGAGAUACUGAAACUGAACAGCUGUAAAUUGAGUUGGGAAUCCUGUAUAGCACUGGCCUCUGCUCUCAGUUCCAACCCACAUGUAAGAGAGCUGGACCUGAGUGACAAUGAGCUGCCGGAUUUAACAGAGAAACAGCAUCCAAAGAUUAAACGGGAGAUUCCGCAGUCAGCAUUACUGGGUUUUACACGCUGUAAAUUGGAGAUACUGAGACUGAACAGUUGCAGUCUCACAGAGACAUGCUGUGAAGCAUUGGCUUUAACUCUCAGAUCAAACUCCUCAUACCUGAGAGAGCUGGACCUGAGUGACAAUGACCUGCAGGAUUCUGGAAUGAAGCUGCUCUUUGCAGAACUGGCGAAUCCACACUGUACACUGGAAAUACUGAGGCUGGCAGGUUGUACGUUCACAGAAGAAGGCUGUUCUUCCCUGACUUCAGCUCUGAUGUCAAACCCCUCACACCUGAGAGAGCUGGAUCUGAGCUACAAUCACCCAGGAGACUCAGGAGUGAAGCUGCUCUCUGCUGUACUAGAGAAUCCCAGCUGUAAACUGGAGAUACUGAAACUGAACAGCUGUAAAUUGAUUUGGGAAUCCUGUAUAGCACUGGCCUCUGCUCUCAGUUCAAACCCACAUGUGAGAGAGCUGGACCUGAGUGACAAUGAGCUGCCGGAUUUAACAGAGAAACAGCAUCCAAAGAUUAAAAGGGAGAUUCCGCAGUCAGCAUUACUGGGUUUUACACGCUGUAAGAUGGAGAUACUGAGACUGAACAGCUGCAAUCUCACAGAGACAUGCUGUGAAGCGUUGGCUUUAACUCUCAGAUCAAACUCCUCAUACCUGAGAGAGCUGGACCUGAGUGACAAUGACCUGCAGGAUUCUGGAAUGAAGCUGCUCUUUGCAGAACUGGCGAAUCCACACUGUACACUGGAAAUACUGAGGCUGGCAGGUUGUACGUUCACAGAAGAAGGCUGUUCUUCCCUGACUUCAGCUCUGAGGUCAAACCCCUCACACCUGAGAGAGCUGGAUCUGAGCUACAAUCACCCAGGAGACUCAGGAGUGAAGCUGCUAUCUGCUGUGCUGGAGGAUCCCAGCUGUAAACUGGAGAUACUGAAACUGAACAGCUGUAAAUUGAGUUGGGAAUCCUGUAUAGCACUGGCCUCUGCUCUCAGUUCCAACCCACAUGUGAGAGAGUUGGACCUGAUUGACAAUGAGUUGCUGGAUUUAACAGAGAAACAGCAUCCAAAGAUCAAAAGGGAGAUUCCGCAGUCAGCAUUACUGGGUUUUUCACGGUGUAAGCUGGAGAUACUGAGACUGAACAGCUGCAAUCUCACAGAGACAUGCUGUGAAGCGUUGGCUUUAACUCUCAGAUCAAACUCCUCAUACCUGAGAGAGCUGGACCUGAGUGACAAUGACCUGCAGGAUUCCGGAGUGAAGCUACUGUUUGCGGAACUGGAGAAUCCACACUGUACACUGGAAAUACUGAGGCUGGCAGGUUGUACGUUCACAGAAGAAGGCUGUUCUUCUCUGACUUCAGCUCUGAGGUCAAUCCCCUCACACCUGAGAGAGCUGGAUCUGAGCUACAAUCACCCAGGAGACUCAGGAGUGAAGCUGCUCUCUGCUGUGCUGGAGGAUCCCUGCUGUAAACUGGAGAUACUGAAACUGAACAGCUGUAAAUUGAGUUGGGAAUCCUGUAUAGCACUGGCCUCUGCUCUCAGUUCCAACCCACAUGUAAGAGAGCUGGACCUGAGUGACAAUGAGCUGCCGGAUUUAACAGAGAAACAGCAUCCAAAGAUUAAACGGGAGAUUCCGCAGUCAGCAUUACUGGGUUUUACACGCUGUAAAUUGGAGAUACUGAGACUGAACAGCUGCAAUCUCACAGAGACAUGCUGUGAAGCGUUGGCUUUAACUCUCAGAUCAAACUACUCAUUCCUGAGAGAGCUGGAGCUGAGUGACAAUGACCUGCAGGAUUCUGGAAUGAAGCUGCUCUUUGCAGAACUGGAGAAUCCACACUGUACACUGGAAAUACUGAGGCUGGCAGGUUGUACGUUCACAGAAGAAGGCUGUUCUUCCCUGACUUCAGCUCUGGGGUCAAACCCCUCACACCUGAGAGAGCUGGAUCUGAGCUACAAUCACCCAGGAGACUCAGGAGUGAAGCUGCUAUCUGCUUUACUGGAGGAUCCCAGCUGUAAACUGGAGAUACUGAAACUGAACAGCUGUAACUUGAGUUGGGAUUCCUGUAUAGCACUGGCCUCUGCUCUCAGUUCAAACCCACAUGUGAGAGAGCUGGACCUGAGUGACAAUGAGCUGCCGGAUUUAACAGAGAAACAGCAUCCAAAGAUUAAACGGGAGAUUCCGCAGUCAGCAUUACUGGGUUUUACACGCUGUAAACUGAAGAUACUGAGACUGAACAGCUGCAAUAUCACAGAGCCAUGCUGUGAAGCGUUGGCUUUAACUCUCAGAUCAAACUCCUCAUACCUGAGAGAGCUGGACCUGAGUGACAAUGACCUGCAGGAUUCUGGAGUGAAGCUGCUCUUUGCAGAACUGGAGAAUCCACACUGUUCACUGGAAAUAUUGAGGCUGGCAGGUUGUACGUUCACAGAAGAAGGCUGUUCUUCCCUGACUUCAGCUCUGAGGUCAAACCCCUCACACCUGAGAGAGCUGGAUCUGAGCUACAAUCACCCAGGAGACUCAGGAGUGAAGCUGCUCUCUGCUGUGCUGGAGGAUCCCAGCUGUAAACUGGAGAUACUGAAACUGAACAGCUGUAAAUUGAGUUGGGAAUCCUGUAUAGCACUGGCCUCUGCUCUCAGUUCAAACCCACAUGUGAGAGAGCUGGACCUGAGUGACAAUGAGCUGCCGAGUUUAAUAGAGAAACAGCAUCCAAAGAUUAAAAGGGAGAUUCCGCAUUCAGCAUUACUGGGUUUUAAACGCUGUAAGCUGGAGAUACUGAGAUUGAACAGUUGCAAUCUCACAGAGACAUGCUGUGAAGCGUUGGCUUUAACUCUCAGAUCAAACUCCUCAUACCUGAGAGAGCUGGACCUGAGUGACAAUGACCUGCAGGAUUCCGGAGUGAAGCUACUGUUUGCGGAACUGGAGAAUCCACACUGUACACUGGAAAUAUUCAGGCUGGCAGGGUGUACGUUCACAGAAGAAGGCUGUUCUUCCCUGACUUCAGCUCUGAGGUCAAACCCCUCACACCUGAGAGAGCUGGAUCUGAGCUACAAUCACCCAGGAGACUCAGGAGUGAAGCUGCUCUCUGCUGUGCUGGAGGAUCCCAGCUGUAAACUGGAGAUACUGAAACUGAACAGCUGCAAUCUCACAGAGACAUGCUGUGAAGCGUUGGCUUUAACUCUCAGAUCAAACUCCUCAUACCUGAGAGAGCUGGACUUGAGUGACAAUAACCUGCAGGAUUCUGGAUUGAGGCUGCUUACUACAGAACUGAAGAAUCCACACUGUAAACUGGAAAUACUGAGGCUGGCAGAUUGCAGAGUCACAGAAGAAGGCUGUUCUUCCCUGACUUCAGCCCUGAGGUCAAACCCCUCACACCUGAGAGAGCUGGAUCUGAGCUACAAUCACCCAGGAAACUCAGGAGUGAAGCUGCUCUCUGCUGUGCUGGAGGAUCCCAGCUGUAAACUGGAGAUACUGAAGUUGAAAAGAUGUAACCUCAUUUGGAAAGACUGUUUAGCACUGGACUCAGCUGUCAGAUCAGAUUCACACCUAAGAGAGCUGGACCUGAGUGAUAAUAUGCUGGACUCAACAUCGGCAUGGUUCCCUCAAAGAUUUGUUCACUCAAAGUUUACAGCAGUGUUUACUAGGGAGCCAACAUUCCUUGGGUUUGCACACUGUAAACUGCAGCUACUGAGGUUUAACAGCUGCAAGCUCACAAAGACAUGCUGUGAAGCGUUGGCUUUAACUCUCAGAUCAAACUCCUCACACCUGAGAGAGCUGGACCUGAGUGGCAAUGACUUACAGGAUUCUGGAGUGAAGCUGCUCUUUCCUGGACUAGAGAAUCCAUACUGUACACUGGAAAUACUGAGGUCAGUCCUAUAUGACAGAUUGAACAACUGUAAGCUUACAAAGACAUGCUGUGAAGCGUUGGCUUUAACUCUCAGAUCAAAGUCCUCACACCUGAGAGAGCUGGACCUGAGUGACAAUGAUCUGAAGGAUGCAGGAGUGAAGUUACUCUUUCCUGAAUUGGAAGAAUCCUGCUGUAAACUGGAGAUACUGAGGCUGUCAGACUGUGGGGUCAAAAAAGAAGGCUGUUUUUCCCUGAUUUCAGCUCUGCGCUCAAACCCCUCACACUUGAGAGAGCUGGAUCUCAGCUACAAUCACCCAGGAAACUCAGGAGUGAAGCUGCUCUCUGCUGUACUGGAGAAUCCCAGCUGUAAAUUGGAGAUACUGAGGCUGUCAGGUUGUGGAGUUAAAGAACAAGGCUGUUCUUCCCUAACUUCAGCUCUGAGGUCAAACCCCUCAUACCUGAGAGAGCUGGAUCUGAGUGACAAUAAACUGAAGGAUUCAGAAGUGAAGCAGCUCUCUGAUCUACUGGUGGAUCCCAGCUGUAAACUGGAGAAAAUGACACUCCUGUCAGCUGCCACUGGACGCCAACGCAGCAAACAUGAUUGAUUGAUUGAUUAGCUUUGCCAUGUAUUGUAUUCCUGCUGCAAAUAAAGCUGCCCAUAGACUAAUAAAAAAAGGUUGUAUGAAGCUAGGAAAUGGUGCAUAUCUCCCUUAGUGUUAAAAACAGACUCAUUCCUUAAUGAAUAUGCAUGUGAUGUUCGACCUAAACAUCAAAACAGUAUAUAUGCUCUCACCAAACACAAAUGAUGAACACCUGUAAUGGAAUGAAUUGCAUUCUGGGAACAUAUGGCACCAGUGUGUUUGGGGAGUUGUCCGUCCCAUUUGCUUCUAUUUUUGUUAGUUGCAGCAUUAUUUACUGCUAUAUCUUGUCAUGACAUCUCAACUCUUCUUGCCGUUGGUCAAAGAGUUUAUGGACCUUAUUGAUUCUUUUAAUUUUAUUCAGUCAGUGAAUGGUCUGACUCAUGUAAACAGUCAUAUAUUAGGCCUUAUAUAGUCUUAUGGACUAUAAGAACAUAAGAAAUUUACAAACGAGAGGAGGCCAUUCGGCACAUCAAGCUCAUUUGGGGAAAACUUAACUAAUAGCUCAGAGUUGGUGAAAUCUUAUCUAACUCUGAUUUAAAGGAACCCAGGGUUUUAGCUUGCGCUACACUAACAGGAAGACUAUUCCAUACUCUAACUACAUGCUUUCUCAAAUCCAUUUUAAAAUGGUUCUCCCACUAAUUUCUACUUAUAGCCACGAGUUCUAAUAUUUAAACUAAUAUUGAAGUAGCAAUUUGGCUGAACAGCAUGCAGACCAGUAUGCAAAAUAUUAUAUACCUGAAUCAUAUCUCCCCUUUGUCAGGAUCGCCGGGUAAUAGGCGGGCAGGCAAGCGGGCAGGAAGGCAAAAGUCGGGGGAAACUGGGGAUUUAUUAAGGAAACGGAAACAUCAACUAACUAUACCUAACAUUAAUGACGGACAAAAACCAGGGCAAGACGUGGACUCAAAUAGACAACACUGGGCGAAAAUAAUAGGACACAGCUGGGCAGGGUCAGGGAAGAACACGUGGAUAAUCAGAGGGCGUGGCACACACGAGGAUCAUACGAGCCGGGCAUGACACCCUUAGUCUCCUUUGCUCGAGGCUGAACAGAUUCAGCUCAGCUAACCUCUCCUCAUAAGACAUUCCUUUAAGACCAGGAAUCACUCUCGUAGCCCUACGUUGCACCCUUUCCAAGGCAGCGAUGUCCUUUUUAAGGUGCCCAGGGGCUGCCAGCAUCCCCCCUAUGACGGAUCUUCCACCCGGUGGGCCACCCCACCCACGCAGGGCCAGAGGCAGAGAGUUAGAGGUGGCCCCUCAGCCCCCACUGCUUCCCCGUCUCAUGUUAGCGUGAAAUGUGCAUGUAUAUAUGUGAAAGAGUUGUGUGUUUAUGUCUAUAAUGCAUUAAAAUUAGUGGGUGCAGUUCGGGUAUGAGGGCCCCACCACUGGCAGAGUCCCCCAUCCCACUCCCUGCAGCCCAAGGCCCUAGUGUAGCAUGAACUGUGUAUAUAACUGAAGUCCAAAAAGCAGGCAAGCAGUCGAGACACGGGCACCCCACCGCUGGCAGACAGCAGAGCCCCACCUGCCUCAACCCACCUCCUCAGCCCUAGUGUCACGUGGUGUCCAAUGUGCAAGUAAAAAUUGAGGGGCAGUGUCUCGGCACACCUCCCCACUGCCCCUCAAAGCCCUAGUGUUGUGUAGAAUGUGGUGUCAAUAUUAUUAAUGUAAAUUAGGAACAAUAAUCAUCCUAAAAUUGAACACUGUGGUACCCCACUAUGAACGCAGGCCCACUGUGACAUUGUGCUUCUAGUAACUACCCUCUGUUUCCUGUUUGUUAAACAGCUUUCGAUCCAAGUUCCUAAAAUCUCUGCAGCUUUGAGCUUAAGCAAGAGCCCUUUGUGGGGCACAACAUCAAAGGCCUUCUGAAAAUCUAAGUAAAUCACAUUGUAGGCCUUUUUGUGAUCAAUUUCUCUUGUAGCUUCCUCAAUGAAGUCAAGCAGAUUAGUUAAACAGUGCCUACUUCUCCUAAAUCCAUGUUGGCUAUCCUUCAGAAUGUUAUUAGAAUCCAGGUAAUCUACCAUUUUCACUUGGAUUAUACAAUACCUUCCAUUACUUUUCCAGUUAUGCAAGUUAAACUGAUUGGCCUAUACUGUAGUUUGCUGGAUUACUUCUAUCCACUUUUUUGAAUAUAGGUGUUAUAUUAGCAUGCUUCCAAUCAGGUACCACACCAGCAGAUAAGCUGAUACCGCAAUGUUAAGUCUGUGCAUGCACCACACAUCUAAAGUGUGGAUGAUUUGACUGUGUAUCUGCAAUGUGCGGUUAGCUUGACCACAGUGAUGAACUCACACUAAGUGGCUGCCGGUGAUAGAGGACAACAUGGUGAAUUCCGCUCCUUGAGAGGCGACAGAAUAUGUGGUUUUGGCAGGUGUUCACGCUGCACUAUGGCGCGGAUUUCGUUCCACCUUGAAAUGCAAACACGACAAUGGUAUAUGGGGGAAAACAAUUGACAUGUACCAAAGUACCAAAAAAGCACCCCCGGUGGUUUGACAUUUUAGGUACUGGAAUUGUUGGUACUGGUAAUCGACCGGAAAGUAUUGAAAGUGCCAUACAAAAACGAUUGUACCAGAUGCAAUGGAAAAGUGCCCUAAAGACAUUCUGAAGUGAGGCAGUAGCCUAUUAACGGGCACAGCUAGUAGUGGCUGUAGCCUGUUCUGUAGUGGCCAUCGCCUCUUAAAUAAUUGGAUUAAAAUCCUCGCUCUCAGGGUCUUCUUCUGGGCAACUGCAUGGAUACCGGUGAAUGCAUACUAAAUGUGAUGAAGGUUUUGCAUGUUUGGAAAGAAGAUGUACAUUGCAUAUUGCAAGUACAGUAUCGCAAUCAUCAGAUCACUAGAACAUCUUUCAUUAUGUUCACCCUUCUUAUGUUGACAUGUUGGAUCUCUUUCAUCCUCUCAAAUUCGUCUGAUAAGGCUGAUAUAUGCUGGUGCCCUAGGAAUGCUUCACCAGACUGAAGUGGUUGACCACUCAAGUGGUGGAUACUACAAACAGAAAGUAUUUUAUUAGUAGCGUUCAAGAGGUAAAAGGUUUAAUAGUGAGACUUAUUUGAAAACUUAUAUUUGAAAAAUAAAUAAAUAACUAUCUAUGA